GUUUUAACUUGUAUUCUAGAUAGGAAGAUGGGACAGUCUUUUAACAAGCUAUUCAGUUUCAUGUUGAAGAAGGAGGUUCUGAUCGUGAUGGUUGGUCUCGAUAAUGCCGGUAAAACAACAAUUUUGUAUAAGCUCAAGUUGGUGAAGAUUGUCACCACUAUCCCUACUGUUGGAUUCGAAAUUGAAACUCUUGAAUACAAGAACAUCAGCUUUCAUGUGUGGGAUGUUGGUGCUUGUACUAUGUAUCGACCACCAUUUGUAAGGGCCCCUGGCAUCCAAAACACACAAGCUCUUAUCUUUGUGGUUGACAGUACUGAUCGUGAUCGUGUGGUUGAUGCGAGAGAUCAACUACACGGGAUUAUUCUUAAGGAGGAUGUAUUUAAAGAUACAAUGCUGCUUGUUUUUGCCAACAAGCAAGAUCGUCCUGGCGCAAUGAAUGUUGCUGAGAUUACUGACAAGCUUGAUCUACAUGCUCUCGGACUGCAACACUGGCACGUCCAGAGCGCGUCUGCCACCUCUGGCGAAGGUCUAUACGAGGGACUGGAUUGGCUUUCCGACAACAUUGCUAACAAGGUGGAGACCGUUGGUGGUGAUCAACUUCAAACAAUCUCCAGUCAGUUUUCUGGCUAUCAUCAAAAGGUGGGGCAGUCUUUUACCAAGUUGUACAGUUUGUUGUUCAAAAAGGAGGCUCGAAUCGUGAUGGUUGGUCUGGGUGCAGCUGGUAAAACCACAAUUUUGUAUAAGCUCAAGUUGGGGAAAAUUAUCACCACCAUCCCUACUAUUGGAUUCAAUAUUGACACUCUUGAAUACAAGAACAUCAGCUUUAAUGUGUGGGAUAUUGGUGCUUAUGACAUGAUUCAUCUACAAAUGAGGAGACACUACACCCAAAAUGCACAAGGUCUUAUCUUUGUGGUUGACAGUGCUGAUCGUGAUCGUGUGAAUGAAGCCCGAAAUGAACUACACUUGUUGCUUAAGGAGGACGAAUUAAGAGACGCGUUUUUGCUUGUUUAUGCCAACAAGCAAGAUCUUCCAGGCGCGAUGAAUGUUGUUGAGGUUACUGAAAAACUUGAUCUGCAUUCUCUCGGACUGUAUCACUGGUAUAUUCAGAGCGCGUCUGCCACCACUGGGGAAGGUCUUUACGAGGGAAUGAAUUGGCUUUCCAACAACAUUGCGAACAAGGCUUAAAAGAGAUUCUUUCUACAAAUGCAUCUUCACACAGGUAUUGUUGCCAUAUUAUCUAGAAUUUGUAUACCUUUAUUUGUGUGCUAAAUUUGUUGGGUGAAAACUUCCUCUUUUGUGUGGUAACAACAUGAGCAUGUGUGUAUAGUAUUUUGAUAAUUGUAUAUGUCAAGUGGUGUUGAGAUUUCAUUAUACUUGUAUACGCCUAAGGUGUCCUCUAUUUCUGUUAAGAGGAAUAAAUAGUAGGUGAUUGUGGUAAUUUGGAGGCGAGUAAGCCAUGUAGACACUUAGUUUGUGUUACUAAA